AUGGGCUCGUCAGGCGCCGUUGCGGGACGGUGCCAGACGCCAGGAGAACGGUUCGGGCUUCUAGCGGACGACAUCGCGGGUGGACGACGGCCAGAUCGACACACUGCAGCAUCCACUCCGCUCCGUUCGCCCUCGUCGUCCGGCUUCGCCUCGCGCCCGCGCAGCAUUCGCAGCUUGGCCUCUUACGGUGCAGUGAGUGACUCGCACACGCCACCGGCUGAGAACCCGGAGGCGGUCGACAUCGGGCGCAAGUCGGCCUGGCCGGGGAGUCUUCGUACCCAACUCCUCGUUCUCAGCGUCGUACUCCUCCUCGCGGUCUGCGUCUAUGCAAGCUUCGUCGACGACUUCAUGGGCGACGUCGAAGCUAGCAUAUCUUGCGCGACAUGCAUCGGGCUACUGGCGCCCCUCCAAGCGCUGGCAAGGCUGGGAGACGACGCCUUCGUCGACCUUUUCGUGGGCUUCUGCACCAAGCUCGGGAUCGAGGACGCCGAUGUGUGCGCUGGCGCCGUCGGUACGCAGGCGCCAAUCCUCGCUCACGACCUUCGUUCAAUCCGCCUCGCGUCUCCAGCGGCAAAGAACUUCUGCACCACAAUCUUCGGGCUCUGUCCCCUCCCGAACACGAUCCCGCACACCGUCAACCUCACAGAGCCGCCCGUCGACGCAGGAGCGGAGAUGCUCAAUGGCCACCCUCCUCGGCGUACCAGGAAGAUCUGGCGCUCGAAGGGUCGGUCGCCGUUUCAGGUCGUUCAUAUCAGCGAUGUGCAUGUCGAUCGAAGCUAUACACCAGGAUCGUCAGCCGAUUGCUCAAAGGUGAUCUGCUGUAGGAACUACGGGCCAGGGAGUCUGGGGGAGGCGGUCAAGGUGCCGGCAGGUCCAUUCGGUCACAAGAAGUGCGACGCUCCGCCAGCUCUCGUUGAGAGCAUGUUUCGCGCAAUCGACAAGUUAGCGCCGAACAAGUCGUUCACGAUCUUCACGGGAGACGUGGUGGAAAGCGCAGUAUGGGCGGUUGAUCAGGCGCAUGUCAGCGACGACUUGUUGAGAUGGGACGAGGACAUGCAGAGCCCGUCGUACCCGGUCGUUGGGAACCACGAUGUCGCCCCCGUCAACGCGUUUCCUCGGUCAACGUCGCCACAAGCCCACGAUUCGGACUGGGUCUUCGAGCUUGCCGCGAGAGACUGGCGCAAGUGGAUCGGGCGCGAUGCCGCCGACCAGGUUAGGAAGAUGAGCGGCUGCUACUCGCGCGUGCAUCCCGGCACGAAUCUCAAGAUCAUCUCCCUUAACACGAACUACUGGUACAAGCAGAACUUCUGGCUCUACGACUCGGACGAGCCCGUCUGGGAUCCGAACGGAAUUCUCACGUGGCUCGCGCAUGAGCUGGAUCUCGCCGAGCAAGCAGGUCAACGCGCAUGGAUCAUCGGGCACAUGCCCUUCGGCAAGGUCGAUGCGAUGCGAGAUCAGUCAAAUUACGCGAAUCAGAUUUUCCAGCGCUACCACAACACCAUCGCGGCGCACUUCUACGGGCACAGCCACGUUGACGAAUUCGAGAUCGCCUAUCCGGACUACGCCGACCGCCGCGCCGAGACCGCCAAUGGCAUCGCGUUCAUUUCCGGCGCUCUCACGCCGACAAGCGGGAACCCGGUCUUCCGCGUUUACGAUGUGGAUCCCGAUACCUACGAGGUCGUCGACUUUGUUCCUCACUACGCGAACAAAUCUGAACCGUCCUUCCAGAUUGAUCCAGUCUGGCAGCCUUACUACUCGGCGCGGAGGAGCUACGGGUCGUACCUCGAUCCACCUUUUCCCGACGACGCUCCUUUGAACGCCACUUUCUGGCAUCGGGUCACCGAGGUGUUCGAGCGCAACGAGACGGUCUUCCAGCUCUUCAACGUGCGUCUGUCCCGAGGCGGCAAGAUCGAGGACUGCUCGGGACCGAUCUGCAAGAACAACACGAUCUGCAUGCUUCGAAGCAUGCGAUCAGAGAGCAAUUGCGCGGUCAUUCAGCCAGGUCUCUCGUUCAAGGACCAGAAGCGGGAUACGGACGCAGUCACCGAGCCACAACGGGACGAGGAGGCCAAUCCUUCUCUACAGGCUGCGUCGCUGCAAGAAGAAGAGUAUUCUCAGUCGCGGCAACACGACUACUUCGCCUGCGAAGGGCCAGGCCUAGCAAGCAUGUUGCGCAAGCUCGGCAGUGGACUUGCGGUCCCCAGUUCGCACAGGCGCGAUUAUGGCGCUCUCACGUCACUUGGAGUCCCUCGAAAGACAGGUGCAAAACCGUUUUCCGCUCUUCACGCGUUGCGAAGCGAGGCACGCCGAGCUGUCAAGCGCUCUCGAACAGGUUCUCUUGCGACACGAGCGAAGGGCUUGGUAGCAAUGUAG